AUCUCCCUCCAUCACCUUUCACUCCCCUUUCAAACAACGAAUUUUCCAGCACAUAGAGACUAAUGUCAUCACCCUUCACCCCCGAAGAAGGCGAUGUUCGCAAAGCCCGCAACCUCCUCUUCCAACUCGGCCUUCCCACAGAACUCGUCCUCGAGAUCCUGGACCACGCACGCUACUGGCCUGAAGUAACCCACCAAUCCAUCGCCGACUGCCACCUCCGCGAUAAUGACUGGACGCUGGCCUUUUCCGUUGCACACCUGUAUUUCUUCUCUCAAUUACCAGGCUCAGAGCAUACCCAACCUGCCAACCAGAUUCGCAAGAUCAGGGAAAUCGAAUUCCUAAUUGUAAGCCACGACCAAGGCUGGACGACCGAGGACACGAGCGGUACGUACGACACAUCUUCAUGGUUCGAGGCGUCAAUUUUUCGGCCAAAGAGCUGUAUGCCAUCUCGUUACGAUUCAUUUGACAAAGGAGUGCGCGAGUUCCUGGAUUGUGUUCACAAGAAAGACGUCUGGACGGAUCCGGAAAGGGCAGCACUGGACUUUGCGGAUUGGGGGUGGAAUAUGGUGCCGCGGCCUUCUGGGGAUAUGGAGCCGCAAAGAUUGCAUUGUCCUGAGAUGGCGAAAAUUGUCUAUGCUGAGGGCUAUGUGCCGGCGAGUACUGAGGAAGGGAGGCUGGCGUGGUGGUUGCAGGGGAAUCAGGUUGCGAGGGGGACGGAGGUGUUUGAUGGGGACAUGGUGAAGAGGUAUCGGGUAGUUUGGGGUUGUAAGAAGAAUCCGAGGUGGCAGGGGAAUGAGGGGGCGGGGAAGGGAGACGGGUUUGUGGAUUCCUUGAGGACGGGAGAUGUUGUUGGGGUGUGGGUGAGAGCGAAGCGGCGUGGCUGGGAGAAUCGCGUUUGCGGGGUGCGUAUGACGCUGCGGUAUACUAUAGGAGCCUAA